AAAAAGAUAAAAAGCUGUCAGCUGUACUCUUUCUUCUUUUUUUCCCUUAUGAAACCUCCUCUAAAGAUAACUACAGUUAAAAGUCCUAUUACUGGCAUUGAGUGAAAAAACGAGAUACAUUCCAAGUCUCAAAUCUCUUGUACUUAAAGUACAUACUCUCGUAACACAUACUUAUGCACUUUUGAAGUAUACCUUUACGCAAGAACUUGAAAACAACAUGGAUUUUGCUUUACAGGACCUUGCCAAUGUUGAUUUCUUCAGAGAAGUCUUUAUUUCACUACUUGAUAGCUAUAAAUCGGAUAAAGCAAAACGAAAAGAAAAAGCAAGAAGUUACAAGGAACUUACCAAUAAGCAUCGAGAUACCUAUUGUCAACUCGCCUCUUAUGUUCCAAUCAAACUGAAAUAUGCGCAACAAAUAGGAAGCUAUAAAGCUACGAAAAUCCACACUGCAUACAUGAAUGGUGUCGCUCUUCAUUUCGGGAACAGAUUGCAUAUGUUUUUGAACCUAUUGUUAAAGAAGCAGGAAAGAAUUGGCGCUUUGAAAAGUGAAAUGAAAAAGAAAAAUUGCAUAGAAAGCGAAAUCUCUGCUGCGGUCAAAACCAUAGCAAGCCAGUGCAUCAAAGUAAAAAUGAACAUCUCUCUGAGGAACAUCACUGAAUUGCCAGCGCAUCUUUUUGACUCACAAGAAGUCGGCAUCCUUCAACAGUUUUUUGAUUGCUACCCUUCUGACACUCACUUCAAGAAGAAUUCUAUUUAUUAUGAUUGUAAAGCGGACCCAUCGAAGCAUUUGAAGGCAUUUUAUUAUCUGACGCGAUGUUCUGAAUCUCUCUACAAUAAGUCGUUCAACUGCUUUCCUCUGAGAAGAACAUUCAUACCUAGUUAUAUGACUAUAGACACAUAUAUCGUAAACACUCAAAUUUUAAGAAACUCUGUCAUUAGCCACUUAGACAAAGAAGUAAUCUGGGGAGCCGUACUGAACAUGAAAUCCAAAGCUAUGAAGCCUCAAGAAGACAAUAAACAAAUGAAGUUUAGAGGUAUUAUUUACACAGAUGGUGUUGCCGUAUUCAUAUUGAAGCAGACCUAUGACAGCAAGAAGAAAGGUUCUGGAGGCGGCAUGCGAAAUGAUAAGAAGAUAGAAGAAGACAUUGCUUACAUAGAAAGUCUGUCGCAAGAAAAACUUCAAGAAAGAACUUACAAAAAUAAUUGUGUUUUGAUUGACCCCGGACGGCGUGAUAUAAAAAAAACUUAUCGCUAUAUGAGAAAUCAAAGGAACAUUGAAACAAAAACAAGAAAGUUCAUGAAACUUUGUGAAAGACUGAAACCAGAGGACGUAAGCAAUGCAGAAGCAAUUCUUUCACGUUUAAAGUCAUCCACAGUCAUAAAAGUUCAAUACGUAGAAUAUACAAGACAGAAAGUUACCGUGACUCAAGUUCUUCAGGAAUACUACUCGAAUGAAGACUUGCCUUUAGAAGAACGUAAUACUAAUAUGCUACCAUUUCGAAAGCUAAAACUAUCAAGCUACAUUAAUCGACAGCAAUCUGACAAACGUCUUUGUAAGGAUAUCAGAAAACAUUUUGGCAAUAAUGCUGUUAUUGUUAUUGGUAACUGGUCUGCAGGGAAUGUCAAGUUCCAUGAACCGAUUAGAGAAGUUGGCAUGAGAAGAAUGCUUCAAAAAGAAGGUUUUCUGGUACACCUUAUUGAUGAAUUCAAAACAUCCAGUAUAUGCCCGGUAUGUAAAGGUGAUGUAGACACUUUCAAAGAAGUUGUGAAUCCAAGGCCCUUUAGAAGGAAAAAAUAUCCAACCGUAAAAUGUCAUGGUCUUAUAAGGUAUAAAACUUUUAAUUAUGUUUAGUUUAUUGAUAACAUUUGUGUGUCAUCUAGGUGUAAAAAUGAGCAAUGAUUGAAAGAAGAUCGUCGUCUUUGGAACAGGGACUUACUCGCCACCCUCAACUUUUGUGAGAUUCUCUUUAGUUUACGUGACCACGGUGC